UGUCCAAACAAUUUCAAUACCCUCAUCGCCCUUCACUCAUACGCCGACUCACUUUAGAAACCCUAAUUUUCAGAUCUCAUGGAUUUCCACAGCCUAGCCAGGAAAGAGCUUCAAUCACUCUGCAAGCUCAACAAGAUCCCUGCUAACCUCACCAAUGUCGCCAUGGCCGAUGCUCUCCAAUCUCUCGAUGUCGUUGUUGGUAUUGAGGAGUAUUUGAAUACCUCACAGUCCGAGACGGUUGAAUCAGCGGAAACGGUUGAGGUUCCUUCACCUAAGGCUCCUCAAACCCGAUGCAAGACGUCCACUCGCCAAAAGGCGAAGCCAACCGAGACUGAAAGCUUGCAGACCACUGUUACCAGGACAACUCGCAGGGGAAGUAAACAAUUACCCAAAGAAGUUGAAGAAUCAAAGAAUGACCAGUUGAAAACUCCGGCCGUUUCCAGAACCUCUAGGAAGGCUCCAGUAACUACGACUCGCCGGAAUGUCAGCAACCAACUGAAUGAGUGUGAAAACGAGCCGAAAGAAGAGGGUUUGGUAGAGAAUAGGUAUAGCACCAGGCGAUCAACUAGGGUUACUGAAAAGAAGUCAGCAGCUCCAAGAGGGAAGAAGGGAGUUGAGAAGGCUGUUAAGAUUGAUUCUCUCUUGGAUCAAGGUAACUCAUCUGCGGAAGUGGAAGACGUUUGUAACACGUUUGAGAAGCUAGAUGUGGAGGUUAUAGAGGAAGAAGUAACACACGAGAGUGUAGAAGAAGCCGAAGAUUCUGGUGAAGUUAACAGUCUAAAGGAGGAUGUGGAUCUAGAACACAAUUUGAACAUCUCAACGAUGAAAAUCGAUCAAGUGUCUGAUGUGAAACCAGAAUCGGAUGGCAUCUCAGGCCCAUCUGAAGAACUUAUCAAUCUAAAGGAGGACCUAGAAGAUGAUUUGAAAACUGAUCAAGUAUGUGAUCUGAAACCAGACUCGGAUGAGAAUUUAGUGCAGAAAGUCGAUUCUGGAGACGAUUUAAUGAAGGAACACAAUUCUGUUGUGGUUCAAGAAGAACAUUCUGAAUGCCUUCUUGAAUCAGGGGAUGAUGCUGCUGAUAUGGAACAUGAAGACACUCCGUGUGUUGACUCAGAGAUGGUCAUUGAUAACUCUGAGUACCCGAUCGAUGAACUAACCACAAAGGAGCCGGAAGAAAUGUCUGAAAAUACUGUUGAUGCAAUUUCCACCAUUGAGGACCAUUCCAUCACCGAGGAAGUUGAAGACAAUGUGACUGAGGAUUCCGGCCCAACUCAAAACCCAUUAAUCUUAACUGAAGUUACGGGCCACCCGACACCAUUCAAGAAAGCUACACCCUUUAAGAAAAUGUCUGAGGAAGUUGAAAUGUCUGAGGAAGUUGAAGAUAAGAAGCCUGAGUUCUUUACGGAAAACACUGAUGCGGGCUCUGGCCUGACCCAACACCCAUCCGAGAACACGUUUAACGUUGUUUCAGAUGACAAAGAGAACAAAGUGGAUGAAGGAAAAAUUAGAAAGAAAGAGAGCUUGAAUGAUUUAAGUAUUAGGCAGCUAAAGAAGCAAUUGAAAGCAUUAACAUUGAAAAGCCUGGAUUCUAAUAAGGAGGAGGCUGCUGCUACUGGUACAAGACCUGCCCUGCAAGCAUUGUGUGAUAACCAGAUGAUGGCUUCUAGUGAGACUGCAAAUUAAGACAUCUACUUUUGUUUUGAAUCAUCUGUAUGAUGAUAUAUAGGGUUUGAAAGUUGCAUACAAGGUUGUGAUGAACAAUGACUGUUUGUUUCGUCCUAUAAAAAACCUUGUAUUUGUUUUGAACAUGUGCGGUCUAAAUGAACAUUGUGACCUAAGAAAUGUUUGAUGAAGAUAUAUUACUUUCCAGUAUUGUUCUCUUAAUUAAA